AUGGCCGGCUAUCCAUACGGGCAGGGUUACCCCGGAUCAGCAGGGCCAGCCCCAGGUGCCCCAGGCGGUUACUAUUCCAGAGGCCAGUAUGAAGGUAGGCUGCCUCCUGGUGGUUCCUAUCGCGGCCCAGCACCUGGAGGCCCCUAUGGACCACCAUCUGGCGGAGGGGCUUAUGGGCAGCCCACCCCAGGGGGAGCACCAUCUGGAGCACCUGGGGGACCUUAUGCAGGAGGGCCUUAUGGGCAGCCAUCUACCAAUCCCUAUGGUGCCCCUCAGCCAGGACCCUAUGGAGCCAGGGCUCCUGCUGGUAACGUGGACCUGGAGCCCUUUUCUUGGUUCCAGACAGUGGAUGCCGAUCGCAGUGGCUACAUCUCCAUCAAAGAACUCAAGCAGGCCCUGGUCAACUCCAACUGGUCUGCAUUUAAUGAUGAGACCUGUCUUAUGAUGAUAGACAUGUUCGAUAAAACAAAGUCAGGACAGAUCGAUAUCUUUGCGUUCUCAGCCUUGUGGCGCUUCAUCCAGUUUGGAAUGCCCCAGCCCUAA